UUCUCUUACCUUUUGCUAUUCGAUCAGGAAAUGCACGUGUCACUGCGCCACUCUAUCUCAUGUAUUCAAUGUACACACGCUGCGUAUAAGACUCCCCUGCGCAAUCAUAUAGAAAGCGGCAGUUUCUAUCUCUCCAUAGUUCCAUGCGAUGGCUCUGGCCCGUAUCUUUUCCUUUUUCACUCUCCCACCAUCCAGAAUACCUUGUUCAGCCACAAUGCAAACGGUUAUAAACAUAGCAAACGUACAUUCACUCUCGCUUUAGGGCUAACCUUAAUAGGAAAGUCAACUCUAUGCUCUAUAUAA